AUGUCCUCUGAAUCGUCUUUGGGCAGCUUUGUGUCUAGAAAUAAGACUGCAAUAAUUGCCACUGUAGCAGCAGGUACCGCUGCCGUUGGAGCAUUCUAUUACUACCGCCAGCUACAAGAAACCUCAGGUGAAGGGGAAGAAGCUGAUAAUAAGUCCGUUUCAAAGAAGAAGAAGAAUAAGAAAAAGAAGAAUGGUAGCGCUAGUAAGCCAAAGUAUCCAGUGAAGGAAAAUGGGGAACCUGAUUUAGAUCACAUUGAAGAAGCUACCGAUAAUGAAAAAGAGAGCUAUGCCGUUGCACUCAAGGAUAAGGGUAAUGAGUACUUCAAGACCAAAGAUUUUGGCAAUGCUUUAAAAUACUACAAUCACGCCCUAGCUUUUAAAAAGGAUCCUGUUUUUUACUCCAACAUAUCCGCUUGUUAUGUUUCGUUAGGGCAAUUGGACAAAGUGGUUGAAAAUAGUACGAAAGCGUUGGAGUUGAAGCCUGACUAUGGUAAAGCUUUAUUGCGUAGAGCUUCCGCUAAUGAAAGUCUGGAAAAUUAUGCAGAUGCUAUGUUCGAUCUAUCGGUCUUAUCCCUGAAUGGUGAUUUCAAUGGUGCUUCUAUUGAGCCAAUGCUAGAAAGGAAUUUGAAUAAACAAGCCAUGGUCGUCCUAAAAGAAAAGCUUGGUAAAAAUGAAGUACAACAAUUACCAUCCGACACAUCUUUGGCUUCUUUCUUCAGCAUUUUCCCAAGUGAAACGAGUUUAGAAAAUUUCGAUGAAAACAGUGAAGCUGAUAAGUUGUUAUUAAACGGCUUGGAAAAUAUAUACAGGAGAAGCUCAGAAGGUUAUAAAGUUGCUGAUGAAUCAUUUGAAAAAGCAGCCUCACUGUAUAAAGCUAAAUUGAAUGAUAGUUCCAAAUCUGCUGAUGAAGCUCUCAAACAAAAUGCUGCCACUGCAUUUGAAUAUAAUGGUAUUUUCAAAUUUUUGAAGAACGAUCCAUUAGGCGCUCAUGCAGAAAUUGAAAAGGCAAUUGAAUUACAUCCAAGAGUCAAUUCUUAUAUUUAUAUGGCAUUGAUAAUGGCUGAUAAGGGCCAGGCUGAUGAAUACUAUCAAUUUUUUGAUAAAGCGAUUGAAUUAGAUCCAAAAUAUGCUCCAAUUUACUAUCACAAGGGUCAGUUAUAUUUCAUCACCGCUCAAUAUGAAAAAUCUGGUAAGGAUUUCGACAAGGCUAAAGAGUGCGAUGAGAAUAAUAUUUUCCCAUAUAUUCAAUUGGCUUGCUUAGCAUACCGUGAAAACAAAUUUGAAGAUUGUGAGACAUUAUUUAGCGAAGCAAGAAGAAAAUUCCCAACAGCUCCGGAGGUUCCGAACUUUUAUGCUGAAAUCUUAUCAGACAAAGGUGAUUUGGAAGCUGCUACAAAACAAUUUGAAAUUGCCAAGAGACUAGAAGAAGCCCUAGAGGGAAUUCAUGUCGGUGUCUCUCCUUUGGUGGGUAAGGCAACUUUACUAGCAAGACAACCUACUGUAGAGAAUUUCAUUGAGGCUACCAAAUUGCUAGAAGAAGCUUGUGAAAAAGAUCCAAGAUCCGAGCAAGCUAAGGUUGGUUUGGCCCAAUUGAAAUUGCAACAAGAAGAAAUGGACGAAGCUAUAGAGCUAUUCGAACAAGCAGCGCAAUUAGCUAGAACAGUAGAUGAGAAAUUACAAGCAAUUACUUUCGCUGAAGCAGCCAAAGUUCAGAAAAGGGUAAGAGCUGAUCCAGUCGCCUGCGCAAAGAUUGAAGAAACUUUAGCUGCCUACCGUGCUCAAGGGUUGAUUUAA